AUGACCCAGAGUGAUGACGAAGAUGGUGUUCACUCGCUAGACCUAUUCCAAGAGCCCGCAGAUUUUUACCAGCCAGAAAAGCCAGCCACCUUCACCACUUAUACUCUGAAAAAUGGUCAAGACCUCAGUCUCCGACUCGUGGGCCAUAGUCCUUUAUGGGGUCACCUGCUAUGGAAUGCGGGUCAAGUCAUUUCCCGAUACUUGGAAGACAACUCUGAGCUGAUCGUGAAGGGAAAAUCAAUUCUAGAACUAGGUGCUGGCGCUGGUCUGCCAAGUCUUGUUUCGACUAUUUUGGGAGCCGAGAAGGUCGUUGUGACGGACUAUCCAGAUCCAGAUCUGAUCGAGAACUUGCGUUACAAUAUUGAGCAUUGCACAGCAAUCCCAGACAAGUCCCAAAUUGUAGCAGAAGGCUUUCUCUGGGGAAGUUCCGCAGAACCACUCAAAGCUCACCUUCAACCUGGCCGUGACGGGUUUGACGUGCUGAUUCUUGCCGACAUCCUCUUCAAUCACUCGGAGCAUGCGAAACUGCUGACCACGCUUCGUGAUUGCCUGAGAAAAGCCCAUGACUCUGUAGCUUUGGUCUUCUUUACUCCAUACCGUCCAUGGUUGUUGGAGAAAGAUCUACACUUCUUUGAGCUGGCCCGAGUCGCUGGAUUCCAGGUCAACAAGAUACUGCAGCACGCUAUGGACAGAGUCAUGUUCGAGAACGAUCCUGGGGAUGAAAUUCUACGGAGGACAGUGUUCGGCUACGAGGUGAAGUGGCAGGUGUGA